CGAAUAGGUCGACGCCGGAGCAAAAGCAGUUCUAAAUUUUGCCGCGAGAGAAAGUGAGAAAGAAGAGAGAGAGGUGUCCGAUUCCUACCCCACGUACAGUCUAAACUUAUUGGAGUCCUGCACCAAUUUAAAUUCUUCUAAAUGCCACACACUAACACCAUCUUCCUCUUUAAGCUUAAAAACAUUAAUCAAUGCUACAAAUUCAUGCAACAUAAACGGCUUUGUUUUUACAUAGAAAAGCUGCACAUAAACAUCCUUAAGUUUAUCUCGUAAAUUAUAUGUAUAAGAAUAACGUACGAUAUACAGUAGCAACAACAAAAAGUUAACACACUAUAAGCUCUACACAAUUACACUAUGAAUAUAUCUUAGUGAACAAAAGUAAAUUACCCUUUAAAAGAAUUUUUAGGGCAGGAAUAGUAGUUGGGAAUUUAAAAUUUCCACCACAAUUAACACGUGUCAAAUUCUCCAUCAAUCCUUCCUCACACAAACGUACAAAUAAAGAAAGUCAAAAGCAGUGACUCUGUUCCAAAAGCUAAGCAGGUUCCCAAGAAGAUCAAAUCAAGAAAAUGUGUGAUCGAUCUUUAAUCGCUUUGCAUUAUUAUUACAUCAUUUCCUAAAUUUCCGGUGACAUACUUCCAAAAGUUUGUUCCUUUUUGGUUAAGUAAUCUCUCUCAAGAUGUCUCUCCUCCAAUUAAAUUAAUUGGUUCUUUAGCUUUUCUGAACAAGAACAGAGGAGCUCUGACUGGAUUCCACUUCUCUCUCUUAGAUUCUCUUAUAUAUACAGAUACACGUGUGUUUGCUUGCUUCAUCUCUGCCCUUGUCCCUAAAAAGUGAUACUCUUAUAGAGAAGAGAGCAAAAAGAAGCUUUGUUGUUGUUGUUGUUGUGUAGCAGACUAUGGAGAGGUAUGAUAUAGUGAAGGAUAUUGGGUCUGGUAAUUUCGGAGUGGCUAAGCUUGUUCGUGACAAAGUUUCUAAAGAGCUUUUCGCUAUUAAGUUCAUCGAGAGAGGCCAUAAGAUUGAUGAACAUGUUCAAAGAGAAAUCAUGAACCAUAGGUCACUCAACCAUCCCAACAUAAUAAGAUUCAAGGAGGUUCUGUUGACGGCAACACAUUUGGCUAUAGUAAUGGAAUAUGCCGCCGGAGGAGAACUCUUUGAAAGAAUCUGUAGUGCCGGUAGAUUUGGCGAAGAUGAGGCAAGGUUUUUCUUCCAGCAGCUAAUCUCAGGAGUUAGUUACUGUCAUAGUCUUCAAAUUUGCCAUAGAGAUCUAAAGCUAGAGAACACGCUAUUAGAUGGAAGUACAGCACCACGUGUAAAGAUAUGUGAUUUUGGAUACUCAAAGUCAGGAGUUCUUCAUUCUCAACCAAAGACAACAGUGGGAACACCUGCUUACAUUGCACCUGAAGUCCUUUCCAAAAGAGAGUAUGAUGGCAAGAUCGCUGAUGUUUGGUCUUGUGGAGUCACUUUGUAUGUCAUGCUCGUUGGUGCUUACCCUUUUGAAGAUCCUUCUGAUCCUAAAGAUUUCAGGAAGACCAUCGGUCGGAUCCUGAGGUCGCAGUAUUCUAUACCUGACUAUGUCCGAGUUUCUGAUUUAUGCAAACAUCUUCUCUCUCGAAUAUUCGUGGCCAACCCUGAAAAGAGAAUAACUAUGGAGGAGAUCAAGAAUCAUUCUUGGUUUCUCAAAAAUUUGCCGGUUGAUAUGUCAGAAGGAUCAUCGAGAAGUAAUAACCCAUCUCAAUCAGAGGAAGAGAUAGUGUGGAUCAUUGAGGAAGCUCGUAAAGCGAUCACUGGAGCUUCUGGACUCUCCGGUGCUGGUGGCUCUGGUGAUAGCGGUAGUGGUGCUAUGGGAAGUAGCAUGGAUCUUGAUGAUUUGGAUGUUGAUUAUGACGAUGAUAUCGACACUGGUGAUUUCGUUUGCACUUUGUGACCAUUUACAAUUAUUUUCACUACUAAAAGGAGAUUGCAUGUUCAUAAGCUUUGCACAAACGUGAUUGUAAUGAUCUUUAUAGCUUUGAUUAUUUUAAACGCAGUGGUUGAAUGUAUUGUUGAGGUGUUUGAUUCUCAGUGAAUUGGGCUUAAAUAUGGGUUUAAGAACUUUAUGGACUUAAAUCUUUGAAUCA